AAAAGAUUGGGUGUUGGUUGGGGUUAAAAAAAGAAGUCUGGAAAAUUCCAAAUCCAUGCGUUCGUCUUCUUGACAAAUGCUUGUCUAGACUUGAUGGUCAAGUAUUCGUUGUAGGAACAGCAUUGGUGGAUUUCGUUUCCUUCGUCUCGCUGAAAGCUUCUCCUUUCAAUCACAGCUAACAUACAGAGAUUGAUUGGCCGAAGAUAAAAAAUACAGAGAUUAGAGACAACAAUCUAAUUCAUCCCUCCAUAUUAUCGUCAGUUUGGCAUCGAUUUUUCCUUUACGGAAGACAUUAUUUGGGAAUCUCUGUUCUCAAUUGGUAAGUCUUAGGGUUCAAUAGGGCCAUCUUUCGUUUUCUUGAUUCUGCUGGAGGAGUUUCUUUCGUUCCACAGCUAUGCAGAGUCAGCUUGUGUGUAGUGGGUGCAGGAGCGUUUUGCUUUACCCUAGGGGGGCAACUAAUGUUUGCUGUGCAUUGUGCAACGCAAUUACCUCUGUUCCUCCACCUGGGAUGGAAAUGUCUCAACUUUGUUGUGGAGGUUGUAGGACAUUGCUGAUGUACACACGGGGAGCUACAAGUGUUAGAUGCUCUUGCUGUCAUACUGUGAACCUUGCACCAGCCCAUAUACACUGUGGGAACUGCCGGACAACUCUAAUGUAUCCGUAUGGAGCUACAUCAGUCAGAUGUGCAGUUUGUCAGUAUAUAACUGAUACUAGUAGGACCAAUGGAAGGGUUCCCAAUCCUGUCCACAGACCAAAUGGAACAACCAAUUCUGGAACAGCACCUUCUACUUCAACGUCGAUGCCCCAUUCUCAAGGCCAAACUGUUGUGGUGGAAAAUCCCAUGUCUGUUGAUGCAAGUGGGAAAUUGGUGAGCAAUGUUGUUGUUGGCGUAACAACAGAGAAGAAAUAAUGUCCAUCUAGUUAUUACGCCGGUCUUGAACGGUACGCUGUUUGAGGCAUUACCAGUGUCUGGCACCCAAUUGUGAUGGAUAUCUUGUGUAUAUGAUUUUGGAAUAUGCUUCCUAUGCCAGAGGCUUUUUCGAGUGUUUUUAAGGUAUGUAUGUAUAUCAAGAGGUCGGUCAGCGGAAGGAAUCUUUCAUUUGUGUGAUUAUGAGAUUCCUCUUUCAGCCAAAUCAGUUGAUUCAUUCAGAUUAUUUCUUGACUUGUGGGGAUUGUGGUGACUUGAUCAACUUGUGCUUUUUAUUGAUGAUUUUUCCGUUUUUACAAGUUUGUACGUGUAUUAUUUGUAUGGUUGUGUUUAUAGUGAUGUUAAAGCCUAGGCUUCUUCCGCUAGAGGAAAUAAUAUAAUAAGCUAUAAGCUAUGAACAAAUA